CUUGUUGCUACCUUUUACCGUUGCAUCUUAUGACCGUAUCUGACGAGGCUGAGUUCGAUAGAGGCCAGCCUUGCUGACAAAGCGGCGGUAUGUCCCCGGAGCACGUGUCACCAACUGGACUCGCUUCACAUGUCACAAGCGCAGGCCAGAGUCAUUUCAGCCACUCACCACCUGACAAUCCAUCACGACACUCUCUGACGACAUCCUCGUAGCAUGCCUACUCUCACCGGCUUCAAUGAGUGAAUAUCUCCCUUCGUUCAUUGUCGAACCCGUCCUGCGCCAAGCACGGCGAUUCUCGAGGCUGAGCGCUGCAGAAGACUCGCCCUCGCCAGCACCAGGUUUUCUACCUGCUGUCCCGGACCUACAACGCUGGUACCCUACUCGCUUCUGGAACUCCUCCUCUCCCCCUCCUCUCGAAGAGCCCGAACCCGAUAAUAAAGAGACUACUGUGCAAUCCAUUACAAGGACAAUACAGUUAUGGGCGGCUCAGUUGAACUCUUUCGACCAAAUCCCUUCUCCUACUCUCGAACCGAUGGAGGAUGAUUUGGCACACGACGUCACCCAAUUAGACAGCCGAGAGGAAAGCGAGUCCAUCGAAUUUCCACCUUUAGACCCAGAACCAGUACAGUUUUCUCGGCCUGUGGUACGGGAAGAUCAACGUACAAGCAGUGAAACCUCGCUCAAUCCUGCACAAGAAUUGUCAUACAGAGCAAGACGACUUCAAGAACACACAAGACCGCACUCUUUAUCGGACCCAUUAGCCGCAGUCCAUCAUGAGCUCACAAUGUCGCGAGUGUCGGAAACUCGGCGGGAAGGUCAUGGUAACCAUGCUUAUCGAAGGAGGGACGGAUCAGGUGCCCUCCCAGAGGACGACGGGAUGGGGCCUUUACGGCAGAAAAUCUCUGGCGUAUGGGCGGGCUCUGGUACAGCAGCGGAGAAAUCGAAAUUGGUUCAUGGCCUCAUGAUGGAACGAUAUCAAACAGUUCAGGCCCUGCGUUCGCCGAAACAACUACCCUCGAAAGUCUUGAGCGCGCCACAACGUCCUGCUACUCCGAGUUCUAUAAUGUCCGGUGCGAGUCAGGAGGUUGUCUACAACCUGAUCCCCGAAGACCUUGUGCCGACAUAUGCACCCCUGGACCCUGAACCUUCGCACGACGAUAUGGAUACGACAGAAGAGGCUCAUAGACCGGACCUAGGUUGCAUUCACUAUAAACGCAAUGUCAAGAUGCAGUGCAAUACCUGCCAAAGGUGGUACACUUGCCGACUGUGCCACGACGAAGAUGAGAACCACAUCCUACCUCGUCGGGAGACGAAGCAUAUGCUGUGUAUGCUCUGCGGUACACCUCAGCCUGUCGGGCAAUUCUGCAAGAUGUGCCACGUUCAAGCAGCAUGCUAUUACUGCGCUGUUUGUAAACUUUGGAGCAACGACCCGGCCAAGUCUAUAUAUCACUGCGACGACUGUGGGAUAUGUCGCAUUGGCGAAGGUCUGGGCAAAGACUUCUUCCAUUGCAAGACUUGUGCAGCAUGCAUGUCGAUACAGGCCGAGAGCACGCACAAGUGCAUCGAGCGGAGCACCAAAUGUGACUGUCCGAUAUGUGGCGAAUACAUGUUUACAUCCAACAAGCCGGUAGCAUUUAUGCGGUGCGGUCACAGUAUUCACGAAACUUGCUUUGCGGAAUGGUGCAAUGCCAGCUACAAGUGUCCUAUAUGUUCCAAAAGCAUAGCCAAUAUGGAGAGUCAAUUCCGCCGAUUGGACCGACAUAUCGAAGAGCAACCGAUGCCGGAAGAAUACCGAGACAAUCGAGCCUAUGUCUUUUGCAAUGACUGCAAUAGCCGCAGCGUGACCAAGUAUCACUGGCUGGGGUUGAAAUGUGCUCUUUGCGAUUCGUACAAUACCACACAGCUGGAGUUGUUGGGCGCUGAACAGACGCCGCAACUUGAGCAAGAACAGGAACGAGCGCAGCAAGCUGGGAUCAGUGAAGCAGCUAUCACUGCCAGUCAGAAUCACACUCCAAUGGAGGAACUGACGCAGCCAGCGAAUCUGACAAGGCCGGUGGCCGCCUCCGCUCUCAGCCCUAUUGAUACGGCGAUAGGUGCACAAUCUCCCGAAAGCCGGUCAUCAUGGCUAUUGCCUCACUCGCCGACCGGGCGGUCCGCAAGGUCUAUGUCUCCGGCGGUUGGCAGUUAUUUUGGCACGGGUCAGCGACCUGCAGAGACGGUGCCAGUACCUCGACGAGGGACGACGCCACUUGAUGACGAUGACCAUCUGGACUUCUGGGGCCGACCUAAUUCCCCACCAAGGCAUGAAGCUAUGCAAGUCGAGUCUGAAUCUGAAUCUGGGAGUGACAGUGAUCAAUUGAUGGAGGAUGAAGAUGAUGGAGAUGAGGAAGAAGAUCUUAUGGCUUUACCCGGACAUAGAUAGAAAAGCAAAGAGAGGGCUUGUUGCUGGCAUGAGACAUUACAUGGAGCAAGAUACACGCUUGGGAGCUUUACAGCAGGACACAUCACGACACGAGUCAGGGACGAAGAGGUUACGAAUGAAAAAUGCAUGGAUUGUUUGGCAUCUCAUACUGCAUGUGGAAAUGGGCAUUUGGUCUUUCUGGGUUGGGUUGGGAUGAAAAGAAUCACCGUGUACGAUAUUCUCAUAUCUGUUUCAACAUCAACAAUUUUGCGCGGCAUAGCCCUGCGUAAAUGUCGUCGGCAUUCGAAGGAGGCAUUGAGCGAUUUGGAGAUAUCAGCAACUUGGUAUACCAAUUCAUAAAUUCUGAUACCAUGGUAUAACACCUGCAAUACUUAGUGUGUUGGAGAAGAGAGACCC